UAUGCUUGGGUGUAGCUCUGGUGCAGCUGGAAGAGUCAUGUUAAGGGUGUUGUCUACAUAAUUGAUUCAAACAAUGUUUAAAGGAAAAAUGCGGCCCGAAAAUUAUGCGAUACUGGUGUUCUUGUGCAGUUUUACGUUCCACGAAAUUCAUGGUCAGCGAUAUACUCAAUACAACCAAAACAAUCCGUACAAUCCGUACAAUCCAUACAAUCCAUACAAUUCAUACAAUCCAUACAGUCAACACAGCAAUAUCACAUGGUGCACUAUCUCCAAUGCUGAGCAGUACAAAUGUACAAAUUUUUCUAUGGCAGUCGAGCGUGAAAAAGCCUUCUUUGGUGAAAACUAUUUCAAGGUGAUUUGCAAGCAAGCUUUCAACAAGGAAGAAUGUAUGAGUUUGGUGGAGAACGAAGAUGCAAAGAUAACAUCAUUAGAUGCUGGAGAGGUCUUUGUAGGUGGAAGAUAUCACAGUCUCAUACCGAUAAUGCAAGAGUUAGAUCUGAAUCGUGUGAAAUAUCAAUACGCUGUUGCGGUGGUUAAAAAAGGCUCUCUGCCCGAUGUACAAACUUUGCACGAUCUUAAAGGCAAGAAGGCCUGUUUUGCUGGCGUAGGAACAUUAGCAGGUUGGGUUCUUCCUAUUAAUAUUCUUAUGAAGUAUGGAGGAAUGGACAUUACUGAUUGUAACAAUCAUGUGCAGACAACGGUUAACUUCUUUGGGCCUAGCUGUGCGGUAAAUUCAUUGAUUGAUAAAUAUAAUCCACUUGGUGAUAAUUCCGAUCAGCUAUGCCGUCUAUGCAUUGGGAAAGUACCUGGUCAAAAGUGCACGAAUCAAGAUCCUUAUUCAGGAUACGGGGGAGCCUUCCGCUGCUUAGUUGAAGCAGGCGACAUUGCCUUCUUAAUACAUACAACUGUACAAGAAAUGACUUCAACGACGUUUGAUUUCACCGCUUUGAGGAAGGAACAAUUUGAGCUACUGUGCAGAGACGGCACUCGCAGAUCCGUGGACGAGUACAAAACCUGCAAUUGGGGCACAGUGCCAUCUCGCGCGAUAGUCACGUCUUCCGCGGUUAACUUCGAAGAUAUUAAAAAAUACCAACAAUUUCUUUUGCAAGCAGCACAAAUAUUCAACAAGAACAAAAUUGGCACAGCAGACUACAAUAAAGAUAAUAAAGAUAAUAAUAGAGGAUUCAACAAUCCAAAUGAAUAUAGCAUAGACUGGGACAAUCGUAACGGGUACAAUCGAAGCUUUGGUAGCGAUGGCAGAAUCAAUGACACAUAUACAAACAACAAUUAUAACAUAAACAACAAUUAUAACACAAACAACAAUUAUAACACAAACAACAAUUAUAACAACAACUUUCCCAGAAACUACAAUGAGUCUGUGCAAGUACGACCGAUAGAAGUAUUUGAUUUGUACGAAUCGGCGCCCAGAUAUGGAAAACAGCACAAUUUAAUGUUUUCUGAUUCUACAAUCGAUUUUCAAAAACUGCCUGAAGAAGAGCAAACGUACGGAAAAUACUUGGGCAAAGCUUUAGACCUUAUAUUGGGAAUACGUCAUUGCCCCGUAAAUCGGAUGAUAUUGUGCGUUACGUCCCAGCCGGAAAUGGACAAAUGUUUAAAAAUGAAAACUGCCUUAAGAUCCCAGCUCUUGAAACCAGACUUGGAUUGUCGCAAAAGUCACAGUCAGAUAAAAUGCAUGGAAUCAAUACAUAACGGAGAGUCCGAUAUAGCUGUAUUAGACGCCAGUGAUGUGUAUACUGCUGGAUUGAACUACAAUCUGAUUCCGUUUAUGUCCGAAGUAUAUAAUCUCGAAACACCAGAUUAUUAUGUCGUCGCCGUUGCCAAAGAAGAGGACGACAACACAGAUCUCACGUACCUUAAGGACAAAAACACCUGUCACCCUGGAAUCAACAUGGCUGCGGGCUGGGUUUAUCCAUUGGCGCAUCUUAUCUCUAAUAGUUUGAUCAGAGGAUACGGCUGUGAUUCCGUGCGCGCCGCCGCCGAAUACUUCAGCAAAUCUUGCGUGCCAGGCGCGCUUAGUACCGAGUACAAUAUAGGUGUGCCUUACGAUAACAUGUGCGAUUUAUGCCAUGGAGUGAGCCAGAGAUACUGCCGAAGAGACGCUUCCGAAGAUUACUUUGGUUAUACAGGUGCUUUUAGAUGUUUGGUGGAGGGAGGCGGGGACGUGGCCUUCGUGAAACACACGACGGUCGCGGAGAACACCGACGGCAAGCGCAAAGAGUUCUGGGCGCGCAAUACCUUCACGAAGGACUUCGAACUGCUAUGUAUGGACGGCACGCGUCGCCCUACCUCGGAUUAUAAGAACUGCAACUUGGGCAAGGUGGCCGCUAACGCUAUAGUCACGCGUGGCGAUUAUUACGGCUACAACGAUAAGCAGAUUAACGCGUACAUCAAUCUGCUCACAUACGCGCAACAAUUCUACGGCCGGAAGGAACAGGACGAGUUCAGCUUCAGCAUGUAUUACAGCCUGCCGCCCUACAGCGAUCUCAUCUUCCAAGACGCUACCCAAAAGUUGAUAGUCAUCCCGCCGGAGAAGCGGGAGUACAGCGCGUAUCUCGGACAAGAUUUUAUGAGAGCUAGGAGAGUCGUGGAUUGCCACGCUGGCGCCUCCGCUGUAAGCUAUUCAGUAUUUGCCACGAUAGUUAUGAUCAUUUUCACUUUUGCAUUUGGUAGAUAAAUAUCAAGAUUUAUGACAAGAUCUGCACGAAUACGCGAAAAAUUCGUGUUGAGAUUACCAAUGAAACACAAGGAUCUGUUAAAUAAGAGAUCUAGUACAGUAUGUUUGAUCACAUAUUGGCAGCAUAGUAGAUUUUCUCGCUGUAACAUAAGCUAGCACUAACAUUAUAUAUGAGGCAUAUUCUAAAUAUUAGUCAAACGUUGUUUUAUACAUAUUUUACAAGUGUAACUUAGCAGUACAAAUGACUGAAAGAUAGAGUUCAAUAUAUAAAUUCCGUGCCUUUGUGUCCGUCCAACGGAGGUUGAACCUCUAAACAUAUCCGUCCAAAUACGAUAUAAAUUGAGAACAUUCAGAUAAUUUUAAGAAUUAUACAUUUUAAUAAUUUGAUAUAUGUAUAUUUUAUAUACACCGUCCACAUUAAUGUUUUUAUAUUAAAUAAAUUUAAUAUUGAAUAAAGUUUAUAAAGAAUUUUCA